AUUGAAUCCUUGUUCAAAGGACAAGUUAGAAGCACUGUGGUUGAAGGAUUGGCAAAUCACAGGCCAAGCCAGCCAUGUUUUGCUUUAUUUGGCUGCACGUUCAGCUUGGUAAUUAGCUACUAAGCCUCUCUGAUGGAAGCGGGUCAAGAGGUGUAGACGCAAGAGAUCAGAGAGCGAGAAACACUUCGUUUUCCUUAUCUCAGCCUGGCGGGGAAGAUAUAAAAGCAUGUCCAAGGCAGGAGAGAGAACAACAUCUACCACUUCUGCAGAAUCCACGUCAACAGAUGGUAAAAGUGGAGCAGCUUCAUCCGAAACGACACCAACAGGGUCGGUGUCGGAGACGCCGAAGAAGUCCUCCAAAAAGUCCAAGAAGAGCAACGAGAGCAUGAACAAAGUCUACAACUCUGUGCUCAAUAGUGUUUUUGGGGCUGAAAGAGAAUUAGCUCAAGGUGAAUUAGACGAGCUGCAAGAAGCCUUCAAGGAGUUUGACUACGACCAAGAUGGUUACCUGAACUACAAAGAUGUAGCUGAAUGCAUGAGAACUAUGGGCUACAUGCCCACAGAAAUGGAGCUGCUGGAGAUUGUGCAGCAGAUCAAAAUGAGGAUGGGUGGACUCAUGGACUUUGAAGACUUCACUGAACUCAUGGGACCCAGAAUGAUGGGCGAGACCGCCGACAUGCUGGGACUUAAAGAACUCCAGUCGGCGUUCUUACAGUUUGACCUGGAUGGAGAUGGGAAGAUCACCCAGGACGAGAUGAAGGAAGCGGCGAAAGGUCUGCUAGGGGAGAAGCUGAAGAAAGGAGAACUGGAGGAGAUCCUUAAGGAGUUGGACAUCAAUGCGGAUGGAAACAUUGACUUCGAAGAAUUUGUUAUGAUGCUCUCCAUUCGCUAAAAGUCGAACACUCCUUCAACCAAGACUUACAAUAGUAAGCGAUUGACUAUAGCGCGACAUACAUGUGCCUCAUUGUGAUCAAAAAAAUAUGCAAAAUGUUAAUUACCUGUCAAUUAAAUAGAGUGAAUGUUUUGUUAUUUUAAUAAAGAAAUCUAAAGCGGUUUUUGACUGUUUGUAGAGAAAAUAGUACUCAAGACAGAAAAACAAGCUUUAUCACUAGUAGACGUCCAAUCCGUUUGAUUUGAUUUGACAUUUACAUGAUGUCACUUCCUGUUGAUUUUGGGUUAUUGAAAAGGAAGUGACUUGAGAAUCAUAGGCGGAGUUUGACUUUUGUUGCAGGGGUAAUUU